AUGGCCGGUCGAUUAUCCUCCGCCAAAUCCGAGCAAGAAAUACAUCGGUUUGUGACGCGCGAACAGAUCGAUUAUCUACACGGCUACUUCCGGUUGCACAGUGACCGUCUCACUCGACUGGAGUUGCGUGAACUGUUGAGCGGCAUCGGGCUACAGUAUACUGGCGAGGAGUAUCGAACACUAUGGCUCCAGAUAAACACCGAUCACGAUGACUUCUGCCAGUGGGAUGAAUUUCUGAGCUAUCUUAUCCUUGGCUUUCAGGACGAUGAUCCGUUGGCGGUAAAGCAAUCGCUUGACCCACCCAUUUCGGGCGAUCUAUGUCUGAAGCUGCGCCGUCAGGUUUAUAACAUCAUCAAGAUCGAUUUCUGUCCAAUGGUGUACUACGAUGGAAGCAUCAGCUGGUCGCAAGGACACUGGAUCACAACGUCUCGCGAGGGUGCGAUACAGUUUUGGACGGAAGACUGGAAACCGGCGAUGACGGCAAGAUCCGCACCAUCGAACUUGAAACGUUCGAAAACGUGGUUGCUCGCAACGGUCCCUCUACCAGAUAUGAGCAUGUUCUGCGUGGCCGGAUUGGAAACGGAGCUUCGAUUUUAUGACGUUGUUGCGUCUUCCUUCACGCUGAAGCUGGUAAUCGAAAGACUUCCGCAUCCGAUCAGCGCGAUGGCGUACCGUUUUAACCAAUGCGAACCGGCCAAACUAAUAACCGGUGACUACGAUGGCCAUAUUCGUCUGUUUGUAUUUUAUCCCGAACGAAAGGCAACGUCAGCGAGUGAAACAUACUCGACAGUUACGCGCGUUACACUGCUGGAUGUACUACACGGAAAGUAUCCACCACUGGAAUGUACGGAUUAUGGGAUGCUUCUAUCGGACAUGGUGCGAUCCGCACAGUUCGUCGACAGUUUGGGAAGUUUUAUCGUGUGUGCGGAAGAGAAUCCGCUAGCUUCCAGCCGGGGACGCGCUUCGCGAUCGGAACAAUCGCCCAGUAUGGUAAUUCAUCCUCUAGAACUUCCCUCUACAUCGGUGACGAAGUUUUACGUUCCGCGGGGUGUGACUUGUUUCGCGUUUGAACCUACCAACGAGCUGCUCGUUUCCGGUGGACCAGACUGUGAUCUCCGUUUGUGGGACAUCCAUCGUCCGGAUAAGCCAUCCGUUGUGCUGGUAGGGCACACGUCGAGCAUUACGUUUGUUUUCCUGCAAGAUGGCGCCAACAAGAUUUACAGUCUCGAUCAGAAGAAGAUCAUUAAGGUGUGGGACGUUCGGAAUCGUGUCCUGCUGCAGACGUUUAGUCAGUUUUCGACCGUUCUUGUGAAAGGUGUACCGGCCUGUGCAUACUACAAUGCGCGCGAGCGGGAACUAGUAGUUGCCAGCAACAAGCUGUUUGUAACGGCCUGCUGCCCAGAGAUCGCACUCGAUCGUACCGAUGGGGAUAGCCAUACGAAGCCCGUAUCGGUGCUGUUGUACAACGAGCUAUACCAGCUGGUAGUAAGCUGCGGAUUCGACAGUUUUAUCAUCGUGUGGGACCACCGGGUGAAUCGGAAGAUGACCAUCAUCACGGAAGCGCACACGCAGGUUCGUAAUGGGGUGCUUGAACCGGUAGAAAUUACGGCUGGGUGCUUCGAUGGCAAGCAGCAGCUCUUGCUAACCGGUGCCCGUAACGGGUCGUUGAAAAUCUGGAACCUUAGUGGCCGAACGUGCAUGCGCGCAAUACAGAUGGACGAGGAUUGUGAGGUGACGGCCGUCUUUUGGCAGGAAAAUCGAAUACUGGCAAUGGGCUGGAACCAUCGGGUCGUAGAGUAUGCCGCAUUCUCCGAAAACGACGAAUAUCCAAGGGGUUUGCAAUGGCGCAAGCUGCACUCGCACGACAUUCUUUGUGCGGCAGUUAGCGGUACAACGCCCGGCGUAAUGGCUACCUCCAGCUAUGCGGGAGAGCUUGUUCUUUGGAUGUUGGAGACGGGACAACCGUACCGCCGGUACGAUGCAACCAAUCCCCGAUCGCGCAUACCGAUCCUGUUCCGCGAAGGUCCCGAAUCAAAACCACGCAAAUUGACACCGAGACGAUCGAUGUUUCUGGCGACGUCUGGUAACGUGCGGCAGCGACGUCUAUCACGGAUUGUGAUGCCCUCCGGGUUGGAGCAGAUGAGACGACUUUCGAUACAGUCGUUGCUAUUUCUUGCUAGUCGUCCAAUGGUGGCCGAGUACGGCACGUUGCUCGGCUCGCUCGAUGAUGGAACCGUUCAGGUGUGGUCACAUCACGUGAACGGAGGAUUUAAGGGACAGUUCAACGGUAUCCAUAUGGCAGGAGAUAGGGUAAUUACGAUGGCAACCGAUAAAGCGAACCGGUUCCUAUUUACCGGGACAGCACUAGGAUAUGUGAAAACGUGGUACAUCGAAAAUUGUUGGAUACCUGACGAAGACAAAUUUCACGUGAACAAACCGGCCCUAAGAAUUAUGUUUCCAUUCCUGUUAAAUGAUGUAGUGCCGGGUCGUGCAAAACGAUCAGCCCGUGCUCAGCCCAAACCAUGGCUGCUUAACUCAUACCAAGCACAUCGGACCUGCGUCACCGGGCUGGUAUAUCUCGAUGCUACUGGUUUGCUGUUGAGCUGCAGCAGUGAUCGCACUGUACGGCUUUGGAGUCUCGGAGGAUGCUACAUCGGGCUGCUGGGUAGUCCGGUCAGCUGGGAACCGUUAGAAACAGAUCUACCACUUCCAGAGGGAUAUCGUUUCCGGAUACCUCCGGACCUACAGCGCGAGGUAAGUUUUACUACAGCGAAAGUGUUGCGAGGUGGCAAGGAUUUCCCACGAAUACGAACAAAGAGCGGCGGUGGUGGUGGUAGUGGUGGUCUAGCAGGAAGUGUAAUUGUUUCCGCUGAUCAUCAGAAGCAAACGCCGCUGAUAGAUACGUAUGGAAGCGCUCUAGUCGAACCAAUACUGAACACAACCGUGUUGAAGUUACCAUCCAAAGAACCUCAACUGCGGACGAUAAAAUUGGAACAAACUUAUCCCUCGUUGCCGUUGUACGGACACAUGGUACAGUUUCCGAUAAAAUCGCUUCCAAACACGACGGAUGUUGAAAUGUUGCUGGAGCGAACAAAAGCGUUGCAAUUUAAGGAAGAACCUUAUGAUCACGAUGCUAUGGAUUAG